UGACAUUUCUGGCGCGCAUUGGAAAUUUUUUUUACAUUUCCCAUCUACUCGCGUCUUUAACGCAUUUGUUUUGAAAGGAAAAGUGCUGAGUUCAUCGAAUUCCACUGAUAACAUCAAACCCAAAAAUUAUUCAAGCAAUUAACGGAAAUCUUGCGCGUCGUUAACAAAAAUAAAACAAAAACAACAAUACUACAACAAAUAUUGUGAUUUGGAGUGUCAACCAUGAGAGUUUUAUUGGCACUUUGGAGCGCCUUGUUCCUGUUUGGGGCAACAACGCAUGCGCAAGGAAUUAUUUCACCCACUUUUGGGGUACAUAAUGGGCCUCCCUUCCAUAAUGGCCAUCGUCGUCAGUUGAACCUGCAGCCGUACAAUCAGCAGAACUUUGUGCAGCCGGGCGUUGAGACGCCGAUUCCACAUCCCCAACAUCACCAGCAUCGUCGUCCAAGCUAUCAGCAACAAUCACAACAUCGCUUUUUCCCACAACAACAACAACCACCACCACAACAACAACAGCAGCAACAUAGCAACCAGCAAUUCCAGCGCUCUACACAAAAUCAGCUUCAGAACUUGCAAUAUCCACAGCAGCCGCAGCCACAGGCAAACGGUCAGCAGCUGGACUUGCAUCAUCAGAACUUUCUAGAUUUGCGCAACUUCGCCAGCAGUCAGCAGCAGCAUCAGCAGCAGCAGCAGCAACAGCAUGUGGGUCCAUCGCAAGCAUUGCCGCAACGCUCCUACAGCCACAAGCCCUUCCAGCAACAGCAACAGCAACAGCCAUCACCACAAACCUUUGCCUAUCAGCAGCCGCAACAAUUCGGAGCCCAACCUUUGCCUCAGACCACACAAAAGCUGCCCAGCCAGGCGCCGGUGCCCACCUUUCAGACAAUACCGCAGCAGCAGCAGCAACCACAACAGCAGCAGCAGUUUAGCUAUCAGCAGCAACAGCAACAGCAGCAGCCACAAGGGCAACAACAGUAUCAGUUGACCCCACAACUGGGUCUGCCAGUGCCCCAAAUCUUUUCCAAUCUUCAGUCCACCGCCUUUCCCGCACAGCCCUCCCGCGAAACUUUGGUGCAACAGCAACACCAACAGCAUCAGCAACUGCAGCAACAACAUCAGUUCAUCAAUGCCCCCUUCCUGCCCGCUGGUACCGCCGGUCCCCAGCCGCAGGUUGCCGAUCAGGAAUACAAACAAAAGCUGAUCCAGAAACACGAACAGUUUGUGGCCAAGCAGUACGAGAAGUCGCAGCACAAAGUGCGCCAGCAACACGAGGAGUUCUUGGCCAAGCAACAUGCAAUCAAGCAACAUGUCCUGCCCACCAUCAUCAGUCAGCAUAAUUACCAGCAUCUGCCACCUCAACCACAGUUUGGACCACCACGCGGACGACCUGUGGCUCAUCCAACCGAAUACAAUCAGUUCAAUAGCGCUCUGCAGCAAUACUACAAAGAACAUCCGACAACAACCACCACAACGACGACGACAACAACCACCACAGAGGCCAGCACCACCUUACCCCAGAAGAAGAAUGUCUACGCCCAGGUUAAAGCCGAAUUGGGUAAAUAUGGCCAAAAGGUUGGAGGCGGUCCCAAAAAAUCUGUGAAGACAAUCGCACGCGAUGAUCUGUUGAAGCAGCUGAAGGCGGCACUCUCGGAUGCACCACAGAAACCGCUCAGUGGCAACAAGACCUACGACGAAAUGGAUCUGGUGCUGCCCAAUGGACAGCGUGUCCAGGUCAUACGCACCACCGACCCGAAUUUGGUGCAGGGACAGCAGGCCUAUUCGCAGGAGCAGCUGCAAACCCUGCUGGCUCAGCAGGCGCUCGGCGGUGCGGGUGGUGCAGGGGAACUGAAGCUGAGUCUGACCGAUGUGGCGCCCACCAAGAGUAACGAUUUACUCUUACCCGGUGGUGGAAAGGUGCAAAUUCUGCGUUCGCCCGAUCCAAUUGAGUCCGAGGGCGUGCCACCACAGGGCUUGCCCGGUGGAGUAGAUCUAUCCAGUUUGGCUUCGUUGUAUGGCGGUGGUGCAGAGCUGCAGGGCAUCACAAAUGGUGCCAAUAGCAUUGCCAGCUCGGCUGUGAUAACCUCGGACUCGGACCAACCACCCACGCUUGAAGAGCUGGCCAAACGUGGUCUCAUACCCGAUGGCUAUGAAAUCGAGGGUUUGAGCUCCCCCAAGUCGCAGGCGCCGGCUACCGCUUCACCACCCACUCUGCCGCCGAAGAAAAAGGCCACCUAUGUGUAUUUGGAGGAACAAACCGAUGGUAGUUUCAAGAUCCAGGGCGUCAAGGCCAAUGGGGAGAAGGAGACGAAGCAGACGGGCGCCGAAGUGGAGAGCAUUCUGGAGCGCAUACGCAGUGGAGAAAUCAAGCUGCCUCCCUCUGUCUCGCGACUAACCCUGCCCAAUGACGAAGUGGUGGAGAUAAAGAGCGGCAAGAUCAUUCAAACCACCCGCUCGCCCAUUACAAGCACAGUUUAUACGACGACCACGCCCACCACCACUACAACGACCAGCACCACACCCACGCCUUUUAUAUCCAGAGGUACGCCCAGCAACCAUCGUCAGUAUCAUCCGUCACGCACCUCAACCACCAGCACCACCACCACCACGAAUUCCCCCUAUAUACAUCGCUCCAGCACUGUUCAGCAGUAUGUCCAUGAGACCACCUCGGCCGCCUCCAGCUUAAUACGCACCACCCCGGCGCCAAUUUACAGCAUUUCUUCGGCCACCUCAGCUUCAGUCUCUUACGGUGGCUCGUCCACACAUCUACCUAUUGUGACUGAGCGUGUUUCGAGCCAGGAUCUUGUGGCACCUCCCCAAUAUGCCGACGCUUUGGUGCAGGAGACAGAGAACAGCGAGAAGUCGGCGGCCGCCAGCUCAGUGCUUUCGAAUCCGAGCGAGGAUCUGCUCCAAAUACUCAAGUCCAAUGGGCUCUUCGCCAUGGCCAAGUACUUGAGACAAUCGGGCCUGGAUAGCAUCUUGAAUGAGACGGGGCCCUACACCAUUUUUGUGCCCACAGACAAGGCCUUCAAGAAUCUGUUGGUCCAGCUGGGUGGUCCCGAGCGUGCCGAAGAGAAGUUCCACUCCAAUCCCAGACUCUUGAGCGGCUUGCUGCUGCAUCAUGUGAUCCCGGGAGCCUUUGAGAUUGCCACGCUGCAGGAUGAAAUGACGGGAGUCUCUUUGGCGGGCACACAGCUGCGUGUUAAUCAAUACAACAUGCACGAUCAGGAAUGGAACGAUGUUACCCUCACCACCAUUAAUGGCGCCAUGGUUGUGCUGAAUAAGAAGGACAUCAAGAUACCGCAGGGCGUGGCACAUGCAGUCGAUCGCGUCAUGUUCCCACUGCCAGUUGGGGAUCUGCUUCAAACACUUCAGUCGGAUCGCGAGGGUCGCUUCUCCAACUUCUUGAAGAUUCUCUACACUUCAGGUCUAUCCGAGAAGUUGCAAAGCAAGGGCGUCAAGACCUACACUGUAUUCGCGCCCGUGGACAAGAGCUUCAGCGAACUGGACUCUGAUACACUCGAGAAGCUCUACAACGACAAGGAGACAGCCGAACAGUUCGCCAUGAAGCACAUUGUGCCCGGCGCUCUCUUCUCGGCGGGCAUGCGCUUCUACCAAGUCAAGGACUCGCUGUACACGGGCAAGACCGUUGUACUGCAGAAGACCUCGGCCGGCAAGAUCAAGGUGAACGACGCCCAGAUGGUCACCUCCAAUAUUCCAGCCACCAACGGCGUCAUUCACGCACUGGACGGCGUCCUCGCGUGAAGUACAAAGGACAUUGUUAUGCAGUUUUUGCCUUAGUGUUUCAUAAGUUCUAGUUGUAGAUACAAGACCCCGAAGUGUAUUUUAAGUUAAACGCAAACAUACACACACACAUUACAAAUUUCUAGUAAAUUCUUGCCACAAAGGAAAUACUUUAGGACGAUUACUUCUUCUUCUUCUUCUUCGGUGCAGUAUGCGAGCUAUGGAGAAACGUGCAGAAGGAACAAAAAUUUAUUGUUGGUGCUUCCAUUACUUUUCUGUAUUU